UUUGGCGCCUUGGCGGUAUUUUUCAUACCGCUGUUUGCUGUUUUCAGAUUUCAGACUAUUUCCCUAAUAUCUAAAAUGAAUAAAAGAAAAUCUGAUGAUCACAAGCCGUUCUUCAAAAAGUUCAAACCAAACAAUGCAAUCCAAAGGCCUCCUCUGGUAAAUAGAGACAACAGCAAAGACACCCUUGUAUUCCAAGAGCUAGAGUUAGAUCAUUAUGUCGGAAAUGUUUACCCUGGGAUGCCUGGGCCCCAAUCAGGACAGGUACCUAUUAUUCGUAUGUUUGGGAUUACAAAGGAAGGAAAUAGUGUUUGUUGUCAUGUUCACGGUUUUUCGCCAUAUUUUUACGUUAAUUUACCAAAUACAUUUAAAAAUGAUGAUUUGGCUUCAUUUAAAACAAAGCUCAAUGAUGCCCUAAUAGCCGACAUUCGUGGUGGAAACAGGGAAGGCAUCGUGGAUGCUGUAUUAAUGAUUGAAAUAGUGAAAGGGAAGAAUUUGGUUCAAUAUCGUGGCGAAGAUGAUGAGCUAUUUGCCAAAAUUACUUUGUCACAACACAAGUUUGUUCCUGCAGCCAAAAGAUUACUGAGCACCUCCAUUGUAUAUCAGCCACUUGCAGCACAUCCUUUUGAAUUUUUUGAAAGCAAUGUUGACAUUGAAACAAGAUUUAUGGUAGACACACAUAUUCUUGGUUGUGUCUGGAUCGAAUUGCCGCCUAAAACAUGGUACCCAAGAACAAGCACAUCUUCCCAUACAAAGUCCAGUAGAUGCCAAAUAGAAUGUGAUGUGUCUUGGGAGGAUUUUAUCGCCCACGCACCUGAAGGCGAUUGGGGCGAUGUGGCUCAAUAUAGGAUUCACAGUUUUGAUAUUGAAUGUGCUGGACGAAAAGGCAUUUUUCCCGAGCCGAAUGUCGAUCCUAUCAUUCAAAUUGCCAACGUAAUUCAGUUACACGGAGCCAAAGAAGUGAUGACUAGGAAUAUUUUUUGUUUGAAAUCUUGCGCUCCUAUUGGCCAUGCCGAGGUUUAUUGUUAUGAAAAAGAAGAAGAACUAUUGGAAGCUUGGGCCAGUUUUGUUAGGGAAUUAGACCCAGACAUUUUCACGGGCUAUAAUAUCAACAAUUUUGAUUUUCCAUAUCUUUUGGAUAGGGCUAAGCAUUUGAAAGUUAAAAAUUUCGAGUUUUUGGGAAGGCUUCUAAAUGUUAGAUCACAAAUAAAAGAAACAACGACCCAAACCAAAAUAGGCAAGAGGACAUACAAAACUAUUAAUUUUGAGGGUCGUGUACCGUAUGAUAUGUUUUUGGUAACAAAGAGAGAUUUUAAACUUCGGUCAUAUACUUUGAAUAGUGUUUGCCAAGAAAUUUUAGGAGAACAAAAAGAAGACGUCCACUAUAGUAUUAUUACAGAUUUGCAAAAUGGAGAUGAACAAACCAGAAGAAGGUUGGCUGUAUAUUGUCUUAAAGAUGCAGAUUUGCCUGUAAGACUUAUAAAUACAGUAUUAAGUUUUACUAAUGAUAUUGAAAUGGCCAGAGUAACAGGUGUCCCUAUAACAAGUCUAUUGACGAAAGGUGAACAAGUCAAAGUUGUGGCUCAACUGUUACGACAUGCCAGAAAAGCUGGUUACUUUAUGCCAGCCCAUCAAGGUGCAGCUGGAUCAGAACAAUUCGAGGGAGCUACUGUUAUUGAACCAGUUAGAGGCUACUACACGGAUCCGAUUGCCACCCUUGAUUUUAGUUCUCUAUAUCCCAGCAUUAUGAUAGCCCAUAAUUUAUGCUACACCACAUUGAUUAAGAGCUCUGUUAUAAAGGACAAGUUAGGAUUGUCCGAUGACCAAGUAACAACCACACCAGUCAACUGCCAAUUCGUUAAAUCUUCUUUACGACCAGGACUUUUGCCCCACAUUUUACAACACUUAUUAGCUGCGAGGAAAAAGACUAAAGCUUUACUGAAAGAUGCCAAAGAUCCUGUUUUAAAAGCUGUAUUAAAUGGCAGACAAUUGGCCUAUAAAAUAUCGGCCAACUCUGUGUAUGGAUUCACUGGAGCCCAAGUAGGGAAAUUGCCAUGUUUAGAAAUAUCUGGAAGUGUAACUGCCUACGGGCGUACGAUGAUAGAACAAACCAAACAAGAAGUAGAGCAACAGUAUACAAUUAAAAAUGGCUAUGAGAGUGACGCUAAAGUUAUUUAUGGUGAUACUGAUUCUGUAAUGGUUAAUUUUAAAGUAAAGGCUUUGGAAAAAAGUAUGGAGUUGGGUAGGGAGGCAGCUGAGUUGAUUAGUACUAAAUUUAUUAGUCCUAUAAAAUUAGAGUUUGAAAAGGUUUAUUUUCCAUAUUUGUUGAUUAAUAAGAAAAGAUAUGCAGGUUUAUAUUGGACCAAACCAGACAAAUAUGAUAAAAUGGAUUGCAAGGGUAUUGAAACAGUUAGGAGAGAUAAUUGUACCUUAGUGGUAGAUGUCAUCAAUACUUGUUUGCAAAAAUUGCUGAUUGAUAAAGAUCCUGAUGGUGCAGUGAGCUACUCGAAACUCGUUAUUUCCGAUCUAUUACAAAAUAACAUAGAUAUUUCUCAAUUGGUAAUUACAAAGGAGCUUACUAAAGAAGAUUAUACAGCCAAGCAAGCCCAUGUGGAAUUGGCCAAGAAAAUGAAAAAAAGAGAUCCGGGAAAUGCUCCUAAAUUGGGAGAUCGUAUUCCGUAUGUUAUCACUUCAGCAACAAAAACAGCUAAGGCUUUUGAAAAGGCCGAAGAUCCUAUUUAUGUAUUAGAAAAUAAUAUUCCUAUAGAUGCUAAAUAUUACCUAGAAAAUCAACUAUCAAAGCCUUUGAUUAGAAUUUUUCAGCCUAUAUUAGGAGAUAAUGCUGAAUCUAUACUUUUACGUGGUGAACAUACAAGAACCCGUACAGUGGUCACGUCAAAAGUGGGAGCUCUUUCCGCAUUCACACAAAAAAAGGAAACUUGUUUAGGAUGCAAAUCGGUUCUGCCAAAGGGCUACGAAGCAGAGGCCUUGUGUGCCUAUUGCAAACCAAAGGAAUCUACAAUUUAUCAACAGGAACUGUCUCAUCAUCGUAUGUUAGAAGAUAGAUUUUCCGACUUGUUCACUGAGUGUCAAAGAUGUCAAGGUUCAUUACACGAAGAAAUCCUUUGCACAAGUAGAGAUUGUCCGAUAUUUUAUAUCAGGAAAAAAGUUCAAAUGGAGCUUGAAACAACCAAAACGAAAAUCGCUCGAUUUGGAGAUCCUGUGCCUGUGGAAGAAGAGGCUACUGAACAAGAUAUGUUUUAAAUAAUUAUUACGUUGCCCAUUUUCAUUCUAAAAAUCAUUAUUAUUUUUAAACUUGGAUAUAAAAUGCUCAGUUUUUAAAUUAUGAAUUCUCAUUUUGUAUUUUGUGUAUUUUUAAUUUAAAUAAAACUGUUAAAAAAGUA